AAGAUGGCUGCGCCCUGUGGCUCGGAGCUGCCCGCCAACUCGCCGCUAAAAAUUCCGAAGAUGGAGGUGCUCUCUCCGGCCUCUCCUGGUGGCCUAAGCGAUGGAAAUCCCUCGUUGUCCGACCCGUCCACGCCUCGGGGUGCCUCCCCGCUUGGGCCGGGCAGUGCGGCGGGCUCGGGGGCAGCGGCGUCCGGGGGUCUCGGGCUGGGGCUGGGGGGCCGCAGCGCCGCCUCGUCCUCCGUCUCCUUCUCCCCUGGUGGCGGCGGUGGUGGGGCUGCGUCGGCAGCUGCCUGCCGGGGCAUGUCGUGGACGCCCGCCGAGACGAACGCGCUCAUCGCAGUGUGGGGCAACGAGCGGUUGGUGGAGGCGCGGUACCAGCAGCUGGAGGGAGCUGGCACGGUGUUCGGCAGCAAGGCCCCCGGGCCAGCCAUGUACGAGCGCGUGUCCCGGGCUCUGGCCGAGCUGGGCUACGAGCGGACCCCGUCUCAGUGCCGGGAGCGGAUCAAGACCCUUCGCAGGUGUUACAGUCGGGUGAAAGAACAUGGUGUUGGGAAAAGAAAGAGCAGUUACACAUUUGAACAGUUGGAACAGGUGUUUGGUCAGGGAGGAUGGGAUGCUCAGCCCUGCCAGCCUGUACUUAUUAACAGUAGUGGCUUGUACCAGGAGCUGGAGUCAGAUGGCAGCACUAUGGAGGAGUAUUCACAGGAGGACUGGGGAAACCACAGUCAGGAUCUCCAUGGCUAUCCAACAGAUCAGGAAUUGGAUGAAAUACCUGUUACAAAGAGAACAUUAAAAAUAAAACAAGAGUCUUCUGAGGAAGCACAGAAGAGAGAUAUCAUGCAGAAUAUUGUACAGAUUUUGGAAUCAGUGCAGUUGAAAUGGGAACUGUUUCAGAGCUGGACAGACUUUUCAAGGCUUCAUCUUUCUAAUAAACUGGCCAUUUUUGGAAUUGGUUAUAACACUCGUUGGAAAGAGGAUAUCCGAUACCAUUAUGCUGAGAUCAGCUCCCAGGUGCCCCUUGGCAAGCGACUUCGGGAGUACUUCAACUCGGAGAAGCCUGAGGGACGGAUCAUUAUGACCCGAGUGCAGAAAAUGAACUGGAAAAAUGUUUACUACAAAUUUUUGGAGAUCACUAUUAGUGAAGCAAGAUGCCUGGAGCUGCACAUGGAAAUUGACUGGAUACCCAUUGCCCACUCCAAACCAACUGGUGGGAACAUUGUUCAGUAUUUAUUACCAGGAGGCAUUCCUAAAAGCCCAGGCCUUUAUGCCAUUGGCUAUGAAGAAUGUAUUGAGAGACCCCUCUCACCCCACAUGGAGCGGCGUUCCCUGGACCCAGGAAAGGAGGGCCGGGUUGACCUGGAAACCCUUUCAGCACAAGCCUCAUUACAGGUGGAAAUGGAGCCCACCCGAAUUAUCUAUUGCUACCUCGGGAUUGCUGAGGUCAGGACACUGCAGCAAUGCUUAUUUUUACAUUUCCAAGCAAAUACCAAAACCUUCAGCAAAGAUUGGGUUGGUAUUAAUGGGUUUUUGUCUCAGAACUGUAUUGUGGAUCCUGGAGUUUCCCCAAAAUCUAUCUAUAUCAAAUUUGUAGAAGUAGAGAGGGAUUUUCUUUCUGCAGGCUCUUUAGUUGAGUGCCUGGAAAAAGCCAUUGGAUACCCCUUAAAAUUUAACAACUGAAAGUCAUCCUUCAUAAGGAUUUGGGCUCUUACCUUCCUCUUCUCUACUCACUUCCCAAAUCCCAGACUCUCUCAUCCAGAUGCUGCCAUCAGACUCUUCAUGGAAACUAUCUUUCCACAGUUGGGCCAGUACGACAUCUAAAAAAUUAUAGUAAACUUUGGGAAGAAAAAACAGACCUCACCCGAAAAUGCUCAUUUAGAGCAAGCAAGAUAUUACAACGAACUUGCAUGGUGGGUCAGCUGUUUUCUUUUUAAAAACAAAAAAUUUUUUAACGGAUUUUAGAGCCCUGAUAUGAACAAAUGUAGGUACAUUCCAUAUUGGACAAAACUUAUACUUUGAGUUUCAUAUGAAAUUGAAAAAAUUGUAUUUUUUUCACAAUGUUUCAUUUUUACACAUCUAUGUCUCAAUAUAAGUGUUAUUUACAACCCUGAAUAAAUAAGCAAUAGAUAAUGGCAAGUUAAAUCUUGAGUCACUUAAAUAAGACUGUUUUUCAAUAUCACCCUUAGCUACUAUUGUAUAUAAUUUAGAGUUUCAUUUUUUCACCAACCAAGUGUUUUGCUAUUUCCAAUCAGUGUUGCCUGCAAAAAAGACUUUUGUUUCUGUGAUGUACCAACUACGGUUGUGUUGCCGUUUAAACAUUUUUU